UUGUCUCCUCUCUUCUCCACAGCUGAUGUGACUCUGGACCCUGAUACAGCGAACCCCUAUCUCAUCCUGUCUGAGGACGGGAAACAAGUGAGCGAUGGAGACACACGACAGGAUCUCCCUGACAAUCCAGAGAGAUUUAAUCCUGUUGUCAGUGUCCUGGGCAGGCAGGGCUUCACCUCAGGGAGACAUUACUGGCAGGUAGAGGUGGGGGAGAAGAAUGCAUGGACUUUGGGAGUGGCUAGAAUGUCCAUAAGCAGAAAGGGGAAGAUUACACUGAGUCCUAAGAAUGGUUAUUGGACUGUGUGGCUGAGGGAUGCAAAGUACCAGGCUCUGGCUAGUCCCUCUAUCUCCCUCCCCCUGAGUGUGAAGCCCUGGAAGCUGGGGGUGUAUCUGGAUUAUGACGAAGGGCAGGUCUCCUUUUACAAUGCGAACACCAGCUCUCACAUCUACACUUUCACUGACACCUUCACUGAGAAGCUCUAUCCAUUCUUCAGUCCUGGUAUUAAUACAGAUGGUAAAAACGCAGCCCCGCUGAUCAUCCUCCCUGUCAGUGAUAGAGAUUGAGUAAAGUGGUGUAUCUGUAUGACAGCCUAUACCAGCACUGAUAAUCCUGUUCACUGCAUUAUUACUUGCCCACCUAUUUCUCUGUCUACCUGUAAUUGUUUUACCGAUCGCACUGUCAGUAAUUACGAGCUUGACAAAACUAUGGGAGCGCACAUCACAUUUAACACACCCCUGUGACUUGUGCACAUGGACUGUCCCUCACAUGCCCGUCACAUUUAACACACCCCUGUGACUUGUGCACAUGGACUGUCCCUCACAUGCCCGUCACAUUUAACACACCCCUGUCACUUGUGCACAUGGGCUGUCCCUCAAAUGCCUGAUUCAUUUGUGGCACCAGCCGUUUAGAUUUUUACCUAAUAAUUUAUGCAAUACAGGUCAGGUCACAUGUCCUAGAUUUCCCAGAUGCAAUGUAACAUGUAGCUCUGAAUGGGUUAGUUUGUGAAGAAUAGCAAGUUUUACAAUAGAUAAGAGGUGGCCUGCACUGCAUUGUAAAUACUGCUAACAGAAUGAAGAGACGCAUUGAUUCCUUUAUGCUCACAUGACACUAGAUUACACUCACAAUCACAUGCAGAUUUAGAUGCUUAUUUUUAGACGCUUCAGUUUUUUUGAAAUGUAUAUUAAAGGGUUGCUUCACACCAUCUGCGAAUGACAUCAGUGAGCAAAAACAACAAUAGAGAAUGCUAGAGAGCAAACUAUGAUAUUAAACAGGUCCGGAAUUAACCAGGUAGAGGAGGAGUGCCAGGAUCCCUUUACAAUAUGUGUCAAUGUUGCUUAUUUAGACGCUCAUGCAAGUAGGGUUAAGGUCUUUUAACUUUCUAUACCAGAGCCCUUGCUUUUAGAAAUGUGGACUUGGUCAGAUCACGCUGUUUUGGGUUCAGGUGGCUGAAGCAGAUUAAGCUCCAGGUUUUUGUAAUCUCUGCUUCAUUAAUAAAUAUUUUAAUUUUUACUGAAA